AGAUCAAGCUGACUUCUUGAUUCUUCUUCAGACAGUCUUGAAGCAAAGCAAAGGUUCCUCUCUCACAAUGAAACUGCUGAUUCUUCUUUCCUGCAUUCUGGGCAUAACAGUUGCUGUCCCAGUCCGUCGGUCAGCAAGUGGGAGUUCCAGCGGUGAGCAUUUUCAGGUUCCUCCUCAGCUACUACCACUGCCAAACCAACCUCAGCUACCCCCACAGGUGAUACCUUUCUAUGUUGCCUAUGAUCCAGCUCAGGGCUUGCUACCUUUCCCCCCCAAUCUUCCAAGUCCGGUGAAUCCUGUAUCUCCAGCUCCUGGUGGCCCAGUUCUGUUCCCAUUUCCUGGAUUUCCUGGAUUUCCUGCUCCUGUUCCUUAUCCUGGAAAUCCUGUUGCUGUUCCUUAACCUGGAAAUCCUGUUGCUGUGACAGCAAGAUCCUGAGAGAUGUCCUCCCACCCUGCUUUUAAUUUCUCUGCUGCAGUCUUCAAACCACAUGUUCAUGUACCUGGAAUGGAAGUUGUUUACUCCAAAUGACUAUAAGCAACAGUAAUUUCUUUCUUUGACAACAUUACACAUCCACCAUCUUGCGAAGAAUUGUUUCCACCUGUAAAAGUGUCAGUUUCAAAACUAAGUAAUGCUUAUAUUAAAUUUGGCAUUGACACUUCCAUUUUAAAAUGUUGGAACUUUAAAAAACUAGACCACCCUUGUAUUAACUAUGGAUAUAAUUUCAUUAACACCAAAGAAAAAAGUGUUAUAAUGCUGUAUUGUAUAACAUGUAGAUAGAAAUGCAUAAAUUUUGGUUUAUUGAUCUGACUCAGCCAUUGAAAUGUCUUGCUUAACAAAUUUUAAUUGAAUAGGUUUGACAAACUAUGUUCGCCAUGCUUUAGUUCCAUUCCAUCCAAUGGGACAAGUUCGUCAUGACUAACUGAAGCCCCACUGAUUUCAAUGGAACUGAAGUGUAACUAAUGCAGUCUGGACCCAACCCUGUGCCUUUUAUGUUUCUUGCUGGAAAGCAGGGUUUUUUUUCCUUUAAAAGAUCUCAUAAAUAAAGAAUACAAAUAAGUAUAUCAUAUUUAUGUUUAUGCAUCUGUUACUAUUAAAAUGAUAUUAGCACUAAUGCUCAUGUUU